GGCUAGCAGACAGUGACAGCGCGAGAUGUCAGUUGCGGUUGAGGUUGUAUUCACUUUUGCCUCCCACAGAACAGUAGCGGCACUGCUAGCCAUCCAGCGAUUCCGGGACAUCAUGUGGAAAAGAGCGUGAGCAAUUUGUGUUGUUUAUAGUAAAAGCACGCAAGUGACGCAAGUGCUUAUCCUUUGCUUAUAGAUGCUUUACUUCUUUCAUUCUCAUUGUGGUUUCUCUGUAGAAGAUGGACGAAGUUUUUGUGUUUUUGACGGUUUCUACUAGUUAGGUUUAGCGAUUAACUACAGUACACUUUUGUUCAUUUUUUUACAACGACCGUGUCUUGCGUUCUUUGACCUAAAGCUAAUAUCUACAUUCAUCGCAAACACGAUGCCAUCGCUCCGCGAGACCGCCGCGAGUAGAAAAUCCAAAGAGAUUUCCCUCGCUGAAGACGAGCCAAAAGAUGGAAAGAAGUCAACUGUCACCAAGCAGACCGCUAGUUCCAAAAAUUCAACCAAAUCCACCGGCACACCCGGCAAAAUCAACGCAGCUACCGCCGGAGACAAAAAGCCGACGAAAAAUAAUGCGAUGAAAAAGAAGCAGAAAGACAAAGAAAACUUCGUUUCCGAGAACUUCGAGGGCGGCGAGGAGGACGACUCCCUUCCGAACCGAGGCCGCGACAAAAUCGAGCGUGGGCCCUGUGCGAAGAACGUGAAGGCAUCCAGCGAGUUCGAGAAGAAGAAGGACGGCAUGAAGAGCAAGGCGGAGUUUCGGACUCUGAUGAAGGACGCUUUAUCCCGGGAAAACCACAAGGACGUGCGGGCUCUGAUGCGGACGGCGGAUGCGAAUUUUGGGAAAGAGGAGAAAUUUAAGUUGUGUGACGAAUAUUUGAAGCACUUCAACGAAGAAAAGGUCUUCACACCGUCCGACGCGAGGAACGUGGUGUUCCAAGACGCAUCGAACGAAUGGGACGCACGGGAGGAGGACAAAAAAGCCGUAGCUGACGAGGCAGAUGAAAAGGAAAAGAAAAACGAAAAGAAAAGGUAGAAGAGCUUUCACGUGUUGUAUAAUUACAGCGAGAUCUCGAUCUCGUACUCAUAGAGCACGGCUUUUGAAAGACUUGAAAUACAACAGCGUGAAGAGGAAAGAGUGUUCUGAUAAUUUUUCGUGAUUGCAUGCAGUAGAACUUUCCAACCGAUAGGUAACUAAUACCCAAAACAGGUACUUCAUCAACAUGGGCAUCGUGACCUGGCGACCCGCGGGUAAGCAGUCGAAGAUCAUGGCUACUACGCCGGGCCAACAGCUCGCGCUGCUCCUGACCAGCUGCAUGGAGGUCGACUGCGAGAAGGCGGACGGGAAGACCUACAGCUUAAAUUCCGAGAAGCACUUUAUCGCAUCCUCGAUAACACUCAACAAAAACGGAACCAGCAGGGUCCACGUGGACCAAGGUAAUUUAGGACACUCGAGGGCCAUGGCCUUCGGGGAGUUCCUAGGCGGGGAGACGUUGGUGUAUGAUGAAAGUGGAGAUCAAUGGAUGAAUGUCCACUACGGCUCGCCAGCAGCGGAGCGGGUGUUUUCCACCAUCAGGACCUGCGGGAUCGACGCGUUUAAGAGUGGCAGCGGCGGGGAUAACAAGAAUGACUCUGGGCAGUCGUCUCUGCUGCACCAAAAGAAACCGCUGAAGCUCCGCUUCUCCGACGACACAGCUACAGAAAUCAUCGCGGACCACAAAUGGCUGAAAACCGACGACGGCAUGCGGUUCAACACGAACCGGCCGGGGAAAAUCGUCCAGCUUCCCUUUUCGAGAAAAACAGUCCACCACACCGUCGGGGACUUCCAGGGGCCUUUGCCCCACGCCACCGCGCCCGCGUUUCCGAAAGCGUAUAAAGACGUAGCCAAACGACCCAAGGAGUUGAGGAAGAUCGAUUUGGUCGGCACGGUGUCGCCGGACGAGAUGGAUUUUUUGAUGCAGUGGUGCGCGGACCGCCAGGAGAUCAAGGAGCACAAGGAGUUUGUCCGCUACGUCGCGGUGUUCUAUCCCCACGACAGCAUGGUCUCCAACCGGCGGGGGGACAAAUCUCUCGAAUACGCCUCCAGUUGGGGGUUCAACCGGUUGACGGACAAGCAGUACGAAUCCGCCCGGGAUUUCCUCGAGAAGCAGCACCACUUUGUGCACACCAGAGACGGGCUCGGGAUCACCUACAUCGAGGUGGACGGAAAAAAGAUCGCGACCCGCGGGGGCAUAUAAAAUGCAAAAGUAUCGUACUCGUAGGAAUCGCAAUUAUGCAUUUACAAGUUGCGAAGGCAAACCCGGACCCGCACUACAAACUUAAUUUGUAAUGCUGAGCCAAUUUGUAUUUGUAUUGCAAGUCAAACUAGUACGAUGCGUUUGCAAUUCAUAGGACAACAGGCAGGUCCAGGGCGAGUCGAUCACGAAGCAGAAGAACCGCGUGAAGAAGUGGUGCGAGGAGCAGAUUUUGAAGAAGUACGGGAAAAAACAGGGCGAAAUCGAGAUCAAGAAAAUCACCGCGAACGGCAAGGACUACAAAACCGCGGGUUCGGCGAAAACUCGAGACACGCCGGUGGUUUUUCUCCACGAUUUGUGGCGGGAUUGGGGGGUGGACAAGUGGAUCGAAAAGAAGCGGCAGGAGAAAAUCGAGCAGCUCGGGGAAGAGAACGUGAUGGGGAAGGAGCAGUUCUGGGAGACGGAGCAGAAAUAUGACAGUGCACAACUCCCCCCGCUCCCCUCCAUUUGUAUAGCAUGACCGGCUAUACAAGUGCCAGCAAGAAUGCAGGUUUUGCAUGACAAAUUUGCACAGGAAUGUAGUGCUAUUUGGGAUACCAAAACUUGUCACGCAAAGAGUGCAAAGAGGCGCUGGUUGGAUUUGGUAUUUUGCAUUACAAAUGGGGGGGACGGGGAGGGGGAGUUGUUCACUUUCAUAAGAAAAAGUUGCGGAACAUCUGUCGGUGCUACGCGGGCCGGUACAUCAAGGAGUGGGGAAACAAGAUGUUCUAUCAAAUGUAAAAAUGUCUGGGUCUGGAAGAUUGCCAGGUUUGUCAUGCACAUUUUGCAUGACUCCUGAUGUCUGUGAUGCAUGCUCUAGCAUCACAGAUUUUGCGAGGGCUUCCUGAUGCCUAUACUGCAUGACAAAUGCUCUUUCCGUGUAGCAAAACUUGGACUCUCUUAGCUGCUCAUGCAAUACAGAUUCUUUUAGAAUCCAAACGCAGCAUUACAAGUUCGGACUCUUCCAGACCCAGACAUUUUUACAGUUGAUAUGUUCCCGUACAAGGAUUAUCCCAGCAAGGGGUGGUGCUUUUUGAUAUCAAAUGUAAAGAUGUCUGGGUCUGGAAGAAUGCACCUUGUAAUGCUGCAUUUGGAUUCCAGAAAAAUCUGUAUUGCAUGAGUACCAAAAGGAAUGUAAUUUUUGCUACGCGGAGAGGGCAUUUGUCAUGUGGAAUAGGCAUCAAGAAGCUCUGAAAAAAUCUGUGAUGCUAGGGCAUGCAUCACAGACAUCAGGGCUCAUGCACAACGUGCAUGACAAGUGUCGGAAUGUUCCAGACCCAGACAUUUUUACAGUUGAUAUUUGAAGGGCGUCACCGAUAUCUCGGCGCUGGAGCAGUGCUUCAAAAAGCACAUUUCCGGAGAACUAACGGUGAAAAUCAACGGCAACCAGUGCGUGUUCCCCUCCGCGGUGGGGAAGCCCCGGGAGCAGAAGGUGCCGCAGUACACCGGGGAGUACCAGUGCGGGGCGCGGCUCGCGGCGGAGAUAGGCAUGAACGAGGACGUAUGCAUUGCAAAAGUAUCGUACUCGUAUAAAUGCAUUACAAAUUUUCUCAGCAUGAGAAAUAAACUUUGUCAUGCGGAUUUGCCCUAAGAAAAAGAUUUGUAAUGCAAGACUUGCAUUUAUACGACUACGAUACUUUUGCACAGGAUAGGACGUCUCCGAUCGCGAGGACGAGAUGACGAAAAAGAUCAACGUAUCAAAUGUAAAAAUGUCUGGGUCUGGAAGAAUGCAAGAUUUGUGAUGCAGAUUUUCCAUGACCCAUGAGGUCUGGAAUGCGAGACCCAGCAUGACAGAUUUUUUGAGGUCUCUAUCAUGCCUUUCCUGCAUGAGAAACUCCCUCUCAACUUGGUCAAAAGCGGCCAGCUUUUGGUACUCACGCAACACAGAUUUUUGCAUCAUUCAGAUUUAGCAUGACAAGUUCUAACCUUCCAGACCCAGACACUUUUACAGUUGAUACAACGAGCGGAAGCGGGAGGAGACCAUUCGCAGACAGAAGGAAGCAUUGAAGAAGUUCAAGAAGGGAGCGAAGAAUGCUGGCGGGGGCGGUAUUAAAGACAGCAGGAAGAACAAGAUCUCUGGCGCUUCAUCUUCGAGCAGCAGGUCCUCGUCCUCUUCUUCUUCGGUCAAGACUAUCAAACCGAAGAAGAAAACCAAAACCACUACGGCAGUCAACAACAACUCUUUGAUGUCAAAUAAAUCCAAAGUGAAAGCCUUAAAGGAAAAGGUGAUGAAGGUGCAGCGGGUGGUACGAAAGGCGAAGGGGAACAGUAGUAAAACCGAGAAGAACUACAUCGCUGUGAAGAAGCCGGCGAUGAAGCGUGUUACUGUUGUAGCAUCGAAGAAAGAUAAGGUCCCGACUUCCAACAAAAGAAGUUCCGCCCCGUCCGGUCUCGUUGGGAAAGUUUAUUCCUGGUUCAAGGGUGAGAAAAACGCGAAAGACGAUGGCAAUUGCGGUCCUGGAGGUGAAAACGAUGCCGAUCAUUCCGAGCAGGAGGAGACUUCUGCAGCGACAAAGAAGCGCAAGGUGAUGCAGACAAAGUAAAAGUAGUCUUUUCGAACAAUUUAUCACAGCAAGAAUUUCAUCCGCGGUUUGGGGUUUUUUGACAAGUUGGAUGGCAGGUAGCAGGAGCAUAAAAGACAAAAGAUCUCAUGAUUCCCGCCAGAUGAGGGUCGGUUUUCCGACAGCGGUGAUGCAACUCAUUUUGUUGUUUAAAGCGCACGACCACGAUGGUGAAGAGCCAAAGUCCGCUCAAGAAAAAUGUAGAAAAAAAACUCUACUUCUAAACAGCUUGAUAGAAUUCCACCGGUGCGCGUCUAUUAAAUUGGUGAAAA